AUGGCUAUCUCACUUUCAUACUUCCCCAUCCUAUCAGUCCUGCUUCUCGCAUGCGGUCGACUCGCAGAAGCAGGUACUGUCGUCUAUGAUUUCAACAUUGGCUGGGUACGAGCAAACCCGGAUGGUCAACAUGAGAGACCUGUUAUUGGCGUUAAUGGAAAAUGGCCUCCUCCUGUAAUGGAAGCUACGAAGGGCGAUCGGGUCAUUGUUAAUGUCGAAAACUCAUUGGGAAAUCAGAGCACGACACUUCAUUUCCAUGGGUUAUUUCAGAAUGGCACGACGUAUAUGGAUGGGCCAGGCCAAGUUACUCAGUGCGAUAUUGCCAGUGGACAGAAAGUUACCUAUAACUUUACAGUUGAGCAGUCUGGUACUUACUGGUAUCACUCCCACGACAAGGGUCAAUAUCCUGACGGAAUCCGAGCACCUUUCAUUAUCCACGACCCUGAAUUCCCAUAUCAAGAUCAGGUUGACGAAGAAGUCACUGUCUCAGUCUCCGAUUGGUAUCACGAUGAGAUGACACCCUUAAUUGCAAAGUUCAUCUACAAAGGAAAUCCAACUGGUGCCGAGCCUGUUCCAAAUUCCGCUUUAAUCAACGAUACCAUGAACUUUACCUUAGCUGUCCAGCCCGGCAAGACUUACCUGUUUCACAUGGUCAAUGUUGGUGCUUUUGCGGGCCAGUAUAUUUGGUUCGAAGGCCAUAAUAUGACGAUUGUUGAGGUUGAUGGCGUUCAUACCGAUCAGGCCGAGGCGCAGAUGAUUUACCUUUCUGCUGCUCAAAGAUGUAGUUUCUUGCUCACUACCAAGAAUGAGACUACGGCCAAUUAUGCAUUUGUUGCUAGCAUGGAUACAAGCCUGUUCGACGUCCUGCCUGAUGACUUGCAGUGGAAUUCGACUGGUCAUCUCGUCUAUAACAAGGACCUACCGUUGCCAGAAGCUGCUGAAGUAGCGGAACUUGACGAGUUUGACGACUUCACACUUGUUCCAUACGAUCAUUUGCCGCUUUACCCAGAACCCGACCAAACUGUGACACUUGAUGUUAUUAUGGAUAACCUUGGAGACGGAAGACCAUAUGCAUUUUUCAAUAAUAUCAGUUACGUCGCCCCAAAAGUACCUACAAUAUAUACGGUCAUGUCGACUGGCGAGGAUGCCUCUAAUCCAGCCGUAUACGGAGAGUACUCUCAUCCUUUUGUUCUUGAAAAGGACCAGAUCAUUGAUAUUGUCGUGAACAACUUGGAUAGUGGAAAACACCCCUUCCAUCUUCACGGCCACAACUUCCAAACACUAGUCCGAACCGCAGACGAAGCAGGUGUAUUCGAUGCUACCAACACAUCUCAAACAGUCUAUCCAGCGAUCCCAAUGAGACGAGACACACUUGUUCUUCACCCCGAUGGGAACCUAGUCAUCAGAUUCAAAGCCAACAAUCCUGGUGUUUGGCUCUUCCACUGCCACAUCGAAUGGCAUAUGGACCAAGGUUUAAUAGCCACCUUCAUCGAAGCUCCUCUCGAAAUGCAAAAAUCUCUAGUCAUCCCCGACGACCACCAAGCUCUCUGCAGAGCCAAAAACACUCCUAUGCUCGGAAAUGCGGCCGGUAACACCAAAGACUUAUUCGAUCUCUCCGGUCAGACCCAUCCUCCUAACCCCUUGCCAGCGGGAUUCACAACAAAAGGGAUUGUAGCUAUGACAUUUAGUGUAUUAGCAGCGCUCCUGGGUUUAGCUGCUAUUGCGUGGUAUGGUUUGGCGGAUAUGGGCGAAGCUAGUAGAGUUGAGGAGGAGAGAAGGAUCGCGAGGAUGGCGACCGAUGAGACGACUACGGUAGGAACGGCGAAUGAGAGGUCUGAGUCUGAGGGGAGUGUGAGGAAGGUCGGAGGACAAGUGAAGAAAUCCACCAAAACGCAGUGGCUCGGCCCGAACACUUGGCACCCAAUUGGUCCUCGGGCUCGGCAUUCAGUUUUCCCCAACUUUCGUACCGUACACGUACGUCCAACAUUUCGCGAUCCCCUCGUUGUAUUCCAGUUUAUUGCUUCGUUUGUAUCCAGGUCUGGACAACACCAAGAUCACCAUCGUCAUUCUACGCUUGGCGGAAGGAGAGAGUGUGCGACGGCAUUACCUAUACAAGCUUCAAGGGCGACUCGACUUCAGAGCAGCAAUGCAAUACGUACAGUAGCUGGCUCUGCUCAUCCAUCAUACAACCACAACCCUAGAACCCAACGUCGGUACUUCCACGACUACUUUGUAACCAACCUCCCAUCCUCCUCUCUCCACCCAGACUCUCGUACAGCAGCAGGACCUCACCACAAACUCCCACGCUCAGAAUCGACUCCUCAUACUCCCGGCCGUGGAUCCUCUCCAGCAGCUGCACCUCCCAUGUUUGGGCCCUCCCGCGAUCUCACAGUUGUACGAAUUCCAUUACGUAGCGCAAAACACCAUUUCGGAGUCUCGCUCUCACGUGGUACACGACCCUACAACGAAGAUACAUACCAAGCUGGCACAUUAGAAAUUCCCGCAUUUGCAAAACGAGCGCCUAUAAGUUUAAGUCGGUCGGGGAAGAAACCGGGGGCGACUAGUGCUGAUAGUGCUAGUGGUGAUCCGCAGGUUUUCUUCUUUGGGGUUUAUGAUGGACAUGGAGGGAAUGAGUGUAGUGACUUUUUGAAGGAGAGGCUGCAUGAUUAUGUGGAAAAGACGGCGGGGUUGUUUGAAUUGGGAAGUAGUCUGAAGAAGGGAAAGGGGAAGAGUGAAGAUGGAGAAGUUGUAGCAACUCAGAAUUCGGGCCAGGGGAAAGAGAGUCUUCGAAACAUGGAAAUGAAGGGAAAGGAUGAAGUGGGUGAAGCGAUCAAUUUGCCGAUACGUGAAGGAGGUGGAGCGUACAAGCAACCUAAAAAAGGACCAGCAAUUGAGAGCGAAGAGCCUGAGCCUAUUGAGGCCAAUAAGCCUAAGGUUAUUGAGCUUGAGAAAUCAUUGAUCCACCAGUGGAAGGAAACAGUUGGUGGAUAUUUUCGACGGUUCAAACCUGCCUAUUUUUCUCUUCCCAACACUUCAGAUGGUUCUCCCGCGCCUGACCCCGAGGUCUCGAUCGAGUCCGUCUUGAUGUACGCCUUUCUCAAAGCAGAUCUAGAUUUCAUCUCAGCUCAAGCUCGUAAGCCUGACCCCGAUUCACACAGCGACUCUCCGCUCAACAACGACGAUAUCCUCGGAAAACCAGCCUUUCGAGCAUCAGCAAAUGAUCGCAUCGGUGGCCCAACCAGAUUCAUCGGCGGCUCAACAGCAUCAAUAGCUCUCAUCUCCACCCCAACACCAACACCCUUCUGGCACCCAGCAUCCCCUUCCACCUUGGUCGUCGCGCACGUAGGAGACACCCGUAUCCUCCUCUGCGAAACCGCAACCGGCCUCGCCAAACCCGUCACCACAAACCACCACCCCUCCUCCCCUAUCGAAAGCACCCGUCUGCGUCGCUACGCCGCGACCUUCGUCACUGACUCCUUUGGCGAAGAACGCAUGUCCGGACUCGCUAACACGCGCGCUUUUGGCGACAUGCGCUCGAAACGCAUCGGCGUCUCCGCGGAACCCGAACUCCGCCGCGUCGAGCUCGCGCCGGCGGAAUACUCGUUCAUCGUCCUGGUCAGCGAUGGCAUCUCGGGCACCUUAAGUGAUCAGGAGAUUGUGGAUGUGGUCAAGGAGGCGAGGACGCCGGAGCAGGGGGCUAGGGAUGUGGUUGCGUAUGCGACGGAGGUUAGCACUGAGGGGGAUAAUGCGACGUGUCUGGUUGUGCGGCUGGGUGGGUGGGAGAGGAGAAAUGAGGGCGGCAUGGGCAGCUUGGGGACGAAGGAGGUGAGGGAUUUUAGGAGGGGGGAGGCGGAGGAUCCGAGGAGAGGGAGGACGUAG